CAUUCUCCCCGCAUCGUGGAGACCGAGAUCGCUAAGCAACGUCCGAGACUACAAAACCCCAAGAACACGACUCUUCAAUCCGAAAUUCGAUCUCUUUUUCUCCGAUUUCUUGGAUUUUCGAGCUUCUGGAUCUAUCAUCAUCAUCGCCACCGUCACUUCGAGCUGAAUCCGGGUUUGAGUUUACAAAUAAACGAUAAUGGGAGCAUUCGUAUCGAGAUUCUGGUUCAUGCUCUUCCCAGCGACAGAGUAUAAAAUAGUGGUUGUGGGUUUGGAUAAUGCUGGUAAAACGACGACCCUCUACAAGCUCCAUUUGGGUGAAGUUGUCACUACUCACCCUACUGUCGGAAGCAACGUCGAAGAGCUUGUCUACAAGAAUAUCCGUUUCGAGGUUUGGGAUCUCGGUGGACAAGACAGGCUCAGAACAUCAUGGGCGACAUACUACCGAGGAACACAUGCUGUGAUUGUGGUGAUCGAUAGCACAGACAGGGCCAGGAUCUCCAUCAUGAAGGACGAACUCUUCAGGCUACUCGGGCAUGAUGAUCUUCAGAGCUCGGUCAUUCUCGUGUUUGCAAACAAACAGGAUCUGAAAGAUGCCAUGACCCCAGCUGAGAUAACUGAUGCCCUUAAUCUCCAUAGCAUCAAGAACCAUGAUUGGCACAUCCAAGCAAGCUGUGCAGUCACGGGUGAAGGAUUGUAUGAUGGGCUCGGUUGGAUCGCCCAGAAGGUUACCGGUAAAGCCCCGAGUUAGAGAGCUGACAAGAACUUGAUCUGAGAAACCAAGAUUCUUGUUUUACUGCUCUGGUUAUAGUCCAUUCCAUUCUCUCUUUUAUGUAUCAGGCUUCAACUGUUUGGCUACUCUGAUUGAAUUGUAUGUUUUUGUCUAUCAAAAUCUAACCCAAGAAGGAAAGAGAUGGUAUUCUCUGGUAUCA